AUGCUGUUUGCGUUGCUGCACGUUGUGCGGACGUUAUGGGGACUGUGGCAGUUGCAGCUAUUUGUCAAGUGGGCUGUCAAGAGCAUUAAGUCGUUGCGGGCCCUUGGGAUUGAAUAUGAGCUCAACACGGGCGCCCGUACUGGCUAUGAUGGGAAGAAGCAAACCCAGAAUGGCGAAGAAAGAGAACAGGAAACCACGAAUAUCGGUACUACGCAGGAGCCCGGAAAUACCGACGACAAGGAAAAAGUGCACUCUGUGGCUGAAAUUGUAGAUGAACUAUGGGUGAGCGAUGAACUGAUUGAGAACCGUGUGUCCCAUGGGAAUGCUCGGUGCUACAUAGUGUUUGACAAGAUUGAGUUUAGAAUAGAUCCAAAGAGAAGAAACGUGUUUCGUCAACGAAUCGUGCUUCUGUUACAGGCGCUCUCGAUACCAUUUCGGUAUGUGUAUGGAAUAGUGCAGAAAUGGCUUGGGAAUGGGUCUAUACCCUGCUUUGUCCAGGUACCGCACGAGCCAGAGGAUGUGUGGCUGCGAUGGUGCGUGGCGUUUGCGGCGCAGGGGUUGAACAAGUGGAUAACGGAGUUCACCGUUGCGCCGGAAGUCGAUGAUGAGGAUGGGGCGAUAAAUAACUUGGAGCGGUACGAAAGACGACGAGAACACCUGGCUGGGCGCGUGCUGGCGACGGCCGGAAUACAAUUGUGGCUGGGGAGUUGUUUGCCGCUGGGUGAAGGCAAGUCGCUUUUGUCAAAAGAGGACUUGUUGCGACGAGCGAUGACGAGUGGACGUGGAAUGCCGUUCGAUGCAGUGCAGAGGAAUGCAGUCUUGCGGCCUGGAAAGGGGUACAAGGCCUAUGAGAGAAAACUAAAUCGAUUCAUUGGUGGAAUUCCGGUGGAGUUUGAAGAACAAGUGGAAGAGUUGGACAUCGAGAGAGUGGAGUGGCUUGCGAUUUUGCUGUACAUAGGAGAAGAACAGAUUGGCAACGGAAGUGCGAGCAGAGAUUCUCGUAGAUCUGAGGAGUAUGAGAAACUGGAGCAUGACGAUUUAGCGAUUGAAAAUAUGCGAGCACAGCUGGGUAUGGACAACAGAACUUCAGGAGUGGAUGCAGCGGAAAGAAGGAAUGCUAGCAUAUGCGGAUUUCCGAUGCCAGAACGAUACUUUCAUGAAGUAUCCAAGGAGAAUAGACUGGUGACCAAGGUCGGGGAGCUUGUCGACUGCUGGUUAGCGCUUAUGGCGGGAGUGCAAAUGCAAUUCCUGGUGAGUAAAGACGAAGAAUGGCUAGGACGUUGUCUGGGUCAAGUCGAACAUGACCAAGAGACUGUGGUGAGCGUAGAAGGCGUGGAGAUGGGAGGGAUGGAAAAGAGGGGGAGCAGCCUCUUCAUGAGACAUGUUCGAAUUGAAGAAGCGAUGCAAGCAUUCCAGUUUGGAGUCGUGGGUCAAGAGUUUGAGCAGUUGGAGCAGACAUUGACGUUUAUGGGAUAUUCGCUGGAGAGCGUGCGUACGAGACUGGGAAGGUGGGUGAAAGCGAACACGGACUCGCAGAGUGGGGCGUGGAGGCCUUUGAUGUUUCAAGCGGGGGAGUUGAUAUCGGGGUGGACAGAGGUUGGGCGUGUAUCGAAUGAUGUGUCACGUACCCUGCGGCAGAGAGAAGGGAAUGCAGUACUGAGGGAUCGGGCGGUGCAGUGUCGUGUAGUGUGGGAGUUGCAAUGUGUUUUGAGGGAAAGGGUAUCGGGAAUGGAAGGGAGCCCGAGCAGUAUGGAAGCGGUGGCGCUUUGCAUGGUCAGUUUUCCGUCGCUGGUUGUGAUGAAUACAGAAGAAGCGAGCGAGGAAAUCAGUGACACAAAUGUCCGGUCAAGCGAGGCAGGGGGGGUGGCAAUCUCGGAAAAUCGAGAUAGUGUGUCAGUAUCAUUCGGGAAUGAGCAAAGAGGUAGGGAUGCGGAAGAAGAGAGGAAGAAACGGAGCGAAGAAAUGUUUGUGAUAGUGCCGAUUUGUGGGCCUCAGAGAAUGAGGCUUCAGGUACAAGUGGGCGACGAUGACGAUUGGAGCAAUAGAAGUGGAGCGGGCGAUAGAGGAUGCAAAGUGAGAGUACGGUUGUGCCGGGGGGCGACAUCGCGAGAUGAGCGGUUUGAGUGGGGAUGGUGGCGGGAGGCGGCGUUGGGACGUAUGGAGGGAUUGAGGCGAUGGCAGAAGAAUCAUGGUAUGUGUUCGCCAGACUUGCAUGCCGGGCACCGGAAUAUGACGUCAGGCAUCGUGUGUGUAAAGCCAAGAGCACACAAAACGGGGACAGAGGUUGAGAUGUGGUCGGGAUGGGAACCGUUUCGAAGCCAGCAAUGCAGAUUUGAGCUAGAAGGGGACAAAGUUCUUGCGAAAUUUGAAGUGAGCAUGCGACACGGUGAUCUCGUUGUUACAAAGAAAAACAUUACGACAUCCCACACCCAAGCCGUCGGGGAGAGAAGCUUCACGGUGUACGAAGACAAUGACCGCGAGGCCUUACAAGACGGAUGUUUGAUAGUAGGAGAAGCACUGGAUGAUAAGUCGCCAGGUUGCUUGAGCUCAGUCAGGGCUGGAGCAUAUGAAGAUGAAGAGUUUGCGAAGAACCUGCCAGCAAAAGGCGAAAACGUUAUUGGGGAAGAGUUGGGCCAGGUCCGAAGAGACAUUUUUCUGUUGAAGGUUGCUGCACUGGAGCAUGGUGAUAUGAACGCGUUGCAGAGAUGCGUGAAGCUCCUCACCGACUCGAGUGAGGAGAUGACAGAACACAUGAUAUUGACGAACAGGCGACGAGCUGGAGAAUUGGUGCUAGCUUUUUUCCACAGUGUUUUUGUGAGCAGAACGGGGAGUUGCGGGGUCAAGGGUGGUGGAAGAGAGUUUGAAGCGUUGUUUUCAUUAUUGCAGGAGCUUGUGGAGAAAUCGGCUUUUGACAACUAUGUCGUGGAUGUGGUUCUGGAUUUUCUGAAAUGCGCAGUAGAUCUGAGUAUACCUGAGGAUGUACGAAGCUGCCUCGUAUGGAUGCGAAGGUUGAUAGCAAGAUCACUGAGAUUGGAUCAGUUGGAUUGUCUUUGUCGUAGUUUUGAAGAAAUAAUUGGAGCGGAACGAGGGCAAGGAGUGGCUAUCCGUCGGAAGCAGUUGUUCUUCACGGACAGUGAGGUGACCGAGUACGACGUGCGUACUGUUAACAUUUUGGAAAAGGCUCUUCUGGAACGCCAGAUUGAGGAGCAUGAUGAUGUCGAGGCGAUGAACAAUCUAGGAGUGAUGGUGGAGGAGGGCGCAGAAGGAGUAGAAGCCGAUGCGGUACGCGCAAUGGAGCUUUAUGAGCUUGCAAUAUCGAAAGGCGAUGACGGCUCUGCGAUGUACAACCUAGGUUGUUUGUUGGAGAAGGGAGGGGAGGGGGUCGAGAAGGAUGCGGUACGAGCCAAGGAGUUGUUCGAGCGUGCAAUCAAUGAGCAUGGUCAUGUCGGGGCGAUGAACAAUCUAGGACUGAUGGUGAAGGAGGGUGCAGACGGAGAAGAAGCCGAUGCGGUACGCGCAAUGGAGCUUUAUGAGCUUGCAAUAUCGAAAGGCAAUAACUGCUCUGCGAUGUACAACCUAGGUUGUUUGUUGGAGAAGGGAGGGGAGGGGGUCGAGAAGGAUGCGGUACGAGCCAAGGAGUUGUUCGAGCGUGCAAUCAAUGAGCAUGAUGAUGUCCGGGCGAUGAACAGUCUAGGACUGAUGGUGGAAGAGGGCGCAGAAGGAGUAGAAGCCGAUGCGGUACGCGCAAUGGAGCUUUAUGAGCUUGCAAUAUCGAAAGGCAAUAACUGCUCUGCGAUGUACAACCUAGGUUGUUUGUUGGAGAAGGGAGGGGAGGGGGUCGAGAAGGAUGCGGUACGAGCCAAGGAGUUGUUCGAGCGUGCAAUCAAUGAGCAUGGUAAUGUCGAGGCGAUGAACAAUCUAGGAUUGAUGCUGCAGAAGGGCGCAGAAGGAGUAGAAGCGGAUGCGGUACGCGCAAUGGAGCUUUAUGAGCUUGCAAUAUCGAAAGGCGAUGACGGCUAUGCGAUGUACAACCUAGGUUGUUUGUUGGAGAAGGGAGGGGAGGGGAUCGAGAAGGAUGCGGUACGAGCCAAGGAGUUGUUCGAGCGUGCAAUCAAUGAGCAUGGUAAUGUCGAGGCGAUGAACAAUCUAGGAUUUAUGCUGCAGAAGGGCGCAGAAGGAGUAGAAGCGGAUGCGGUACGCGCAAUGGAGCUUUAUGAGCUUGCAAUAUCAAAACGCACUAACUGCUCUGCGAUGUACAACCUAGGUUGUUUGUUGGAGACCGGAGGGGAGGGGAUCGAGAAGGAUGCGGUACGAGCCAAGGAGUUGUUCGAGCGUGCAAUCAAUGAGCAUGGUAAUGUCGAGGCGAUGAACAAUCUAGGACUUAUGCUGCAGAAGGGCGCAGAAGGAGUAGAAGCGGAUGCGGUACGCGCAAUGGAGCUUUAUGAGCUUGCAAUAUCAAAACGCACUAACUGCUCUGCGAUGUACAACCUAGGUUGUUUGUUGGAGACCGGAGGGGAGGGGGUCGAGAAGGAUGCAGUACAAGCCAAGGAGUUGUUCGAGCGUGCAAUCAAUGAGCAUGGUUUUGUCCCGGCGAUGAACAAGCUAGGACUGAUGCUGCAUAAGGGCGCAGAAGGAGUAGAAGCGGAUGCGGUACGCGCAAUGGAGCUUUAUGAGCUUGCAAUAUCGAAAGGCAGAAACGGCAUUGCGAUGCACAACCUAGGUUGUUUGUUGGAGACCGGAGGGGAGGGGGUCGAGAAGGAUGCGGUACGAGCCAAGGAGUUGUUCGAGCGUGCAAUCAAUGAGCAUGAUGAUGUCCGGGCGAUGAACAAGCUAGGAAUGAUGGUGGAGGAGGGCGCAGAAGGAGUAGAAGCCGAUGCGGUACGCGCAAUGGAGCUUUAUGAGCUUGCAAUAUCAAAAGGCACAAACUGCUCUGCGAUGUACAACCUAGGUUGUUUGUUGAAGAAGGGAGGGGAGGGGGUCGAGAAGGAUGCGGUACGAGCCAAGGAGUUGUUCGAGGGUGCAAUCAAUGAGCAUGGUCAUGUCCCGGCGAUGAACAAGCUAGGACUGAUGGUGGAGGAGGGCGCAGAAGGAGUAGAAGCCGAUGCGGUACGCGCAAUGGAGCUUUAUGAGCUUGCAAUAUCGAAAGGCAAUAACUGCUCUGCGAUGUACAACCUAGGUUGUUUGUUGGAGAAGGGAGGGGAGGGGGUCGAGAAGGAUGCGGUACGAGCCAAGGAGUUGUUCGAGCGUGCAAUCAAUGAGCAUGAUGAUGUCGACGCGAUGAACAAUCUAGGACUGAUGGUGAAGGAGGGCGCAGAAGGAGUAGAAGCCGAUGCGGUACGCGCAAUGGAGCUUUAUGAGCUUGCAAUAUCGAAAGGCAGGAACGGCAUGGCGAUGUACAAUCUUGGUAUCUUGCUGAGAGACGGGGCGGAGGGUUUGGAUUGCAAUUUAGUGCGCGCGGCUGAGCUGUUUGAGAUGGCCAUUGAAGAGAGCAACGAUACAGACGCAAUGGUGGAACUCGGAAAUCUGUUACGCGAUGGAGCGGAAGGAGUCGAGCGGGAUACAGAUCGUGCAUGCAGAUUGUACGAGAGGGCCAUCGAAGAGGACAACCAUUCCAAGGCUGUAGAGAAUCUUGCUGCGCUGCGCGAUGCUGAGAUGAAUGAGGUUACAGAAGACGGAGAUUGAACGAUUUCAGAAGUCAGCAAGAGCACUCCCGAACGGAGAUGGCGGGUGCCGUCGGGGAGAGCAGAAGGGAAAACCCGAGGCUCAAGGCGAGUAGAGUUCCCUUCGUUAAGACCCCUGUGGAAGAUGGGACAAAGACGUGGUUCCUACCGUCCGGUAGCGACGGAUAGAUCGCCUAUGCCGAGUUCAACCCCUUUAUCGGGACAAUGAACUCGGAGGCAGCGGCCGGGGCGCUAGUGUCUAGACGACCGUCAAUUUGACCUCAUAUGAGGCUAGCUUUUUUUCAAAAAUAUAUAAAUUAAAUCGAAACUUUAAAAAGUCA